AUGCGCCAAGAAAUGCCACUUACCGCUCCAAAACGAUACAGAACGAAAUUAUCGAGACUGUGGGGAAUUAUAUUUCCUUCAAAGAUCAUCGCGGAAGUUAAACAAACAAGAAUGUUUUCUGUUAUGGCUGACGAGGCAGCGGACAUUUCCAACAAAGAAAACCUAUCUCUUGUCCUCCGCUAUGUCGACUCUUCAAAGAAUACUCGAGAGCAGUUUGUUGGUAUCCGCCUUUGUGGAGAGGAAACAACCGGUAACGCAAUCAAGGAGUUAAUAAUUAAUUCAGUUCAUGACCUUGUAGAGGUCAAUCUUAUGAUGGUGCUGGGAACACGGCUAGCAGGUACGUUGGUGCAUCAACAUUAAUCCAACAUCAGUUUCCCAAAGCGAUUUAUGUUCAUUGCAUGAAUCACUGUCUCACCGUCCUUUAGUAACUCGUCUAAGCGCCAGAAUCACUUUGUUGACAAGAUUAAGGAGCUAUUACCAAACAGCAAUCACAGAAUUUUAAUUGAUGUUUGUCGCACUCGGUGGAUUGCUCGUUGUUACGGGAAAAUUUAAUGAUUUUUUCCGUGUAGUUGUUAUGCGGAACAUGUUUAUUCGGAACAUGUUUAUUCGGAACAUGUUUAUUCGUAACCCUUCACACUUAACCAUUCCAUUCCUUUCAUUUUGGCAAAUCAAAAAAUGUAUAAAAACCACAGUAGCUUUAGGAAUAGAUUUUUGUUGUUACUCGCUUUCAUCAUAUGCACUCGCUUGUCGGCACUUUUGUUAUUUAUUACUGGUUUUUUAGGUUAAAAAAAAGUGUUAAUGGUCUUUCUGGAAAAAUUAGUUUUCAUCGUAGUUAGCAGCUGAGUUUACAAUCGUGACUUUAAUUUCUUUUCAUGCGAUGGUCUCCAAACCAACCUUGCAUAGAUAAGUAGAAACUUUUAAUUGCUUUUCCGUUUUUGUUUCCUAAGCUGUUCUGCUGUAAUCAAGACAGAUAUUAUUUUCUAUACCAGAGCUGUGAAUUCGCUCCUAAGUUUCCUACUUUAAUGGCCUCGAAAUUAUUGUAUCCGUCCUUUUAAUUUGGCAAUUCUUUCCGUCGUAGAAACAGAUGGAAUAUCUAAGUAGUUUUCGUUUAACUUCAAAGAGACCUUUUCCGCUCCUUUGUGUCCUUAUUCAAAUAUUGCGAUUUGUGUAACAAUAGCACCUCACACCAGUUAGUUCUUAAGCAAGUACCUUGUACGGCUUUGAUGAUUACAGUUUUAGUUUUGACUCUAGCAUGACGUGUGUUAGAGCACUCUACCAAUAAAAGUCUACUGUGGACCCAAAAUGUUGUCUCUUUCUUGACGUCCGUAUAAGCUCACUCGAAGCAGAUCUCCGUGCGCCAGGAAAUCGUGACGAGUUUCCGUUCUCGCAAGCAGAGUGGUCUCUACCGAGUUAAUUCCCCCCGUUUGUACGUUCCUGCGAAAGUCCAGUUUAGUGCGCGAAAACCUAUCGCCACAUCGUAUUGAUGGUUUAGAUAGAACUGUUGAGCUCUUAGUCCCAGUUUUGUCAACAUUGGAAAAUGUGAAGCUCAACAUGGAUAAGAAUGGUGUUGUACGCGCCGGUACUUUGAAUCCCAAAAGUCGGGAUAAUGCACGGUCUUUACUAAAUGCUGUCACUUUUGAAUUUAUUGUGACGCUUGGUAUUGUUAAGUAUAUUCUUAAUUUAACAAGGCCACUGUUAAGCUGCUAG